AUGGCUAACCAGCCACUCACCGUCAAAAUCCUUAUUUUGGAAGAUGUUGACAGCUGGCGCUAUCCAACUCAUAUCAGUUCUGAACCUUCUCUUUACACAGUGAAAGCUAUAUUUAUUCUUGACAAUGAUGGCAACAGACUUCUGUCAAAAUUCUAUGACCCCGACCUUUAUCCCUCCAACAAGGAGCAGAAGAACUUUGAGAAGAACGUUUUUAACAAGACACACAAAGCAGACAAUGAGAUUGCCUUCCUGGAGGGGAUGACCAUUGUCUAUAAAAGCAGUAUAGAUCUCUUUUUCUACGUGGUGGGCAGCGCUCAGGAGAAUGAGCUGAUGCUGAUGUCUGUGCUGAACUGUCUGUUCGAUUCCCUCAAUCAGAUUCUCAGGAAAAAUGUGGAGCGCAAGUGUUUACUGGACAACAUGGAAGGAGUAUUCCUGAUUGUGGAUGAAAUUAUUGAUGGAGGAGUGAUUCUAGAGAGUGACCCCCAGCAGGUCCUACAGAAGGUCAAUUACAAGGCGGAUGAGAACACGUUAUCUGAACAAACCAUGACGCAGCACAUAACGGAGAAACUGGCUCUGACCUCUAAUGUGCUGCAGUCGGCCAAGGAGCAGAUUAAAUGGUCCAUACUGAAGUGACAAAUUUAAAAUCAUGUCUGUUAUCUAUAUAAAUAUUCUGACAAACUAAAGGGACAAUGUUGACUGUAUGCCAAUAUGCUACUUGAUAUAAUCUUUAACUAGUUGAUAAUACAAUUUUGUCUAUCUUUUUACAUAGCUAUAUAUUGUGUGGCAUCUCAUUUAUUUAUUGGGUUUGGUAGUGAUAUUAUUCUGUACAUUAAUUUUGUAACUGUGCAACUUGUUUGUCACAAUUUUCCAACUUUGUAAACCUACAUCUCUAUUAUUAUUAUUAUUAUUCAUUGUGAACUUUAUUUUUCUGAAAAUAUUUUAACUUUGUCAUGAGUGUAUGACUUUAACAAUUUCAAAACUGAAUUCUUUCAGUGGUUUCUUUCAUAUGAUGAUGAUAAUGAUGCAUAAUAAUAAUAAUAAUAAUAAUAAUAUGGGAAUGGAUAAACAAUAAGAAUAUCUUCAUCAGUCAUUUUAACAGAUGUUAAAGUUUGAUUAAUCUUCUGUUAGUCAUUUGAGUUUUGCAAGUAAAGGUUUAUAAAUAUUGAUUAUUUUUCAUUGACAUUUGGCAGUCAUAUAUUUCUACUCAGUUUGUCACAGUGCCGUUAGGACUCUGAAAUAAAACCAAAUUAAUUUCCAGUUUAACAAUAUAAAGUGCCAUAGAAAAUGUGAUUUAUUACUGCUGCACUGUUACACGUAUGAAGUUAAAAUGAUAAAUGUUUAUAAGUAAACUUGAAAUUCUAAAGUACCUUGAAGAAUGUUAUGAGAUAGAACAUUUUAUAUAUUUCAUUGCUGUUAACACACAAGAUAUUUUUGAUGCUCUAAUAAAAUACUUUUUCUUCAUUAAAUGUU